AUGCAAGACACGCUCGAACGUAUCGAGCGCGCGGCGGAGAAUGUAGCGCUUGUUCUUGCUCCAGGCGGUCGGACUGUACAUUUACUCGAUUAUGCGGCGGGAAACGUUCGCUCGCUUGUCAAUGCCAUCGAGAAGCUGGGCUGGGAAGUCGAAUGGGUGAAAUCGCCCGAGGAUGUCCAGAAAGCUGAGAAGCUCAUACUCCCCGGCGUUGGCCACUUUGGCCAUUGUCUUACACAAUUUGCAAAUGCUGGCUACGCAGAACCAGUCAGACAACACAUCAACUCUGGGAAACCGUUCAUGGGAAUCUGUGUCGGGAUACAAGCUCUCUUCGCCGGCUCUGACGAAAGCCCAUCUGUACCCGGCCUUGGCGUUGUUAACGAUCGUCUGCGACGCUUCCGCAACGACGAGAAAAGUGUGCCACAUAUUGGCUGGAAUUCUGCUAACACCUCUCAUAUCACCUCAAGCGGCGAUGCGGCGGAGGGACAGAGCAUCUACGGCCUUCGUCCCGACAGCAAGUACUAUUACGUACACUCUUACGCAGCACCAUACACGCCGGGCAAGCUAGAGGCGGAUGGAUGGCGUGUGGCGACCGCACAAUAUGGAAGCGAGGAGUUCGUUGGUGCCAUCGCGCGCGACAACGUCCUAGCCACUCAGUUCCAUCCCGAGAAGAGUGGUGCGGCAGGUCUGCGAGUGCUAAAAGCGUUCCUUGACGGCAACAGAAGCGAAAUUCUACCGCAGACCAUCAACCCAUCAGCUUCAAAGGAAGGUCUGACACGACGAAUCAUCGCCUGCCUGGAUGUUCGGGCUAAUGACCAAGGUGACUUGGUCGUAACUAAAGGCGAUCAGUACGAUGUUCGGGAGAAGGAGGGUAAUGCUGUUCGCAACCUAGGCAAGCCCGUAUCGAAAGCACAGGAGUACUACGAGCAGGGUGCUGAUGAAGUGACCUUCCUCAACAUCACCUCGUUCCGUGAUACGCCACUUAAGGACAUGCCAAUGCUCGAGGUAUUACGACAAACAGCAGCAACAACUUUCGUGCCACUGACCAUCGGUGGCGGCAUACGAGAUACCGUUGAUCCCCAGACGGGCCGAACGGCACCUGCACUAGAGGUCGCGACUUUAUACUUCAAGUCUGGUGCAGACAAAGUAUCCAUAGGCUCGGAUGCAGUGACGGCGGCAGAGCAGUAUUAUGCUGACGGGCGGAAGCUAUCCGGCAGGACGGCUAUCGAGACGAUCAGCGAAGCCUAUGGUGCGCAAGCAGUGGUUGUCUCUGUCGACCCGAAGCGCGUGUAUGUUUCUGGUCCAAACGCCACCAGCCACCACACUGUACAGACAUCAUACACCGGGCCGCAGGGAGAGAAUCACUGCUGGUAUGCUUGCACAAUCAAAGGUGGUCGAGAGACACGCGAUUUAGACGUGGUGCAGCUUGUCCAAGCAGUGGAAGCGAUGGGUGCUGGCGAGAUCCUGCUAAACUGCAUCGACAAGGACGGCACCAACUCCGGCUUCGAUCUUGAGCUCAUCAGGUCCGUGAAGGCUGCCGUCAAGAUCCCGGUAAUCGCGUCAAGUGGCGCUGGUAAUGCAGAUCACUUUGCCGAAGUCUUUGAGCAGACGAAUGUGGAUGCCGCGUUAGGAGCAGGCAUGUUCCAUCGUGGCGAGUGGACCGUGAAGCAAGUCAAGGAGGAACUGCAGAAGAAAGGCUUGUCUGUCAGAAGAUUCGAAGAUGAGUGA